AGUACUGGUCUCGAACGAGAGGAUGGUAUUUUAGUUAAAACUAAUGUAUUUAUAUAACAUGUACUUUUUAUUUAUAACGUGAUUAAGUUUACUUAAUUUAAACGAAAAUUGACAUAUACAUGUUUACUGAAAUUCAUUAUUCGUAAGUGGUUUAAACUGGAUGUAACACUUGUAAAACUUUUUAAACGCAUAUUGAUUUGGCAUUUGUGCAAAGAAAAUUCACUAAAGGCGGUCGUGUGGCGCGAUUCAUUGAAAGGCGUUAGAAAUGAACUUCCUUGUUCUGUCACAGCAGGUUUCUAAACAAAGCCAUCUGCAUUUUCUUGCGGUAGCAUUCGACUUUGGCACGACCUUAACAGGCUGUCUCUGUCUUUUUGCGAUGAUCGAACGAAGAUUUGAAGAAAUGCAAUGAAAUGCUGGCUACGAAUCAAUAAGCUCUGAGAACACCAACAUGUGUUUCACUAUACUCACAAAAAGGUGUUAGUUGCGUUUGGAUUAGAGACUGAAAAUAGAUACCCAAAACGUAUUAAACAAGGAUAGCAUUAACCUUGAAUUAUGUUUGGACUAUUCAAAAGGCUUUUUUAUUAUAAUGAGAAACAAGUAACGUGUACAGAGUCUACCGGUAAACAUUUACUUGUGGCAGCAUUUGACUUUGGCACGACCUUAAGUGGCUACGCUUUCUCUUUCCGCAAUGAUCCGACAAAGAUUCAAACUAACCAAGCGUGGAUUGCUGGAUCCGAAUCACUAUUAUCUCUAAAAACACCGACAUGUGUUUUACUUAACCCGCAUAAUGAGUGUGCUGCAUUUGGGUUUGAAGCUGAAAAUAAAUACCUAAACCUUGUUGUACAAGGGGAGCACAAAUCUUGGAUGCUGUUUAGAAGAUUCAAAAUGCUUCUUCAUAACAAUGAUGGUUUAAACAGAAAAGCGACAGUGGAGGACAUAACAGGCAAGAAGAUGCCAGCGAUGAAAAUAUUUGCAAUGUCCAUUCGCUACCUACGUGACCAUCUAGUUGAUGCUCUGCAUAAACAAGUGGACGCAAUCCAAGAAUCAGACAUCUUGUACGUGAUAACCGUUCCUGCUAUUUGGAACGAUGCAGCAAAGCGGUUCAUGAGAGAAGCUGCUUUGGAGGCUGGUCUGGACAAUGAUCGGAUCAAGCUUGCACUUGAGCCAGAAGCUGCCUCAAUUUGGUGUCAAAAUAUUAACACAAGCAUCAAGACAGAUCUGAGCAAGGCUGGCAUCCAAUACAUGGUGGUAGACCUUGGAGGGGGAACAGCGGACAUAUCUGUUCAUGAAAAAAACCUCGAUGGCACAUUGAAAGAAAUACACAAAGCCAGCGGUGGACCAUGGGGUGGUAUACUUGUUGACCGGAAUUUCAUCUGCUGGUUGACCAAUAUAUUCGGACAGGCCAAGAUGUCCAAGCUAAGAGAGGAGGACAUGGAAGACUACAUUAGUCUUCUUCGUCAGUUUGAAAAUAAAAAGCGCACAAUUACCCAAGACACGGACGGACUUAUAACAUUUCGUCUACCCAUAUCAUUAAUAAACAUUCACGAUGAGGCUGAAAAGCUGACUGUUAAUAAAAAGUUUGAACAGAUGAAAAUUCCAAAUGCUUUGAUAAACGACAAACUGAGAGUUCCAGCCAACAUUGUAAGGUCUUGGUUUUCGGAAUCGAUUGAGGAAACAAUUCGACGUAUGACCAAUCUUCUUUCCGACAGUAAAAUGAUGAAUGUUUCUACCAUUUUGUUGGUUGGGGGCUUUGGUGAAUGCAAGCUUGUACAUGAUUCAGUAAAAAGGGAAUUUAGAAACAAGAGAAUCAUUGUACCACAAGAAGCUGGGUUAGCGGUGCUAAAAGGCGCCGUCAGAUUUGGACAUUGGCCUGGGCUGGUUACAUCUAGAAUAGUGAAAUACACUUAUGAAUUCUCUUCCAUGUCAGACUAUGAUGCAAAUAUACACGGAAUUGAGAAAAGGGUUACACUUGAUUGUUAUGGAGAUGAAAAAGUGGAAAAUAGGUUUCUCAAAAUUGUCAGUGUUAAUACCGAGGUGAACAUUGGAAAACCGAUCAAGGCACCUGGUUAUACUUAUCUCCAAAUAAAUUGUGACUGCGUUAUGGCAAUUUACACAUCCUUAGAGCCAAACCCCGUGUUUGUAACUGAUUCCGAAUGCAAAAAAAUAGGAGAAAUUCCGUUGGGAUAUGCAAAAGGGAAGUCCAAAGAUGAAAAUAGAAUAGAAGUUAGCUUCCUAUUUGGUGACUCAGAACUGGAAGUUAGGGUGAAAAUACUGAAAGAUGGCUCUGAAAUAAAGAAGGUCAUUGAUUUUUUCGAUGCUUAGGAUUCAAACCAUUUAGCCCUAUGUAGUAAUUAUCGUGAAAUGUAUCACAUUUAGAACAGUGCAGUUGCGGUAAGAGACACCAGAUACAUUCCGUGUAUACUCUAUUCUAAAUUGUCGGAUUUCAACACAAAACUUCAAUGGUUUCCUCAUGUUUACCCAAGACGAUUAAUAGGAGGAACGUUUCUUUAACAAAACAAUAAUGGCUGAACCUAACCAGGAUUUAUUCCAUAAUCUGACCCAAAUCCGCCUUUGGAGUACAACCAAUUCGGUGACAAUUUAAAAAAAUGUACAUAAAGUAGACCAUGUUUAGGGGGUUAUAAGAAAUCAGAAACGUCACGCUUCAAAAAUAUUAAAAUGUUGAAAGUAUCCCAAAGUGUGGUUUGGUAUAACCAUACUCGAUUACGUGUCAUGUUCAUUUAGUGACAUGUGAAAACGAAUGUCACUCUGAGUAGUCAUUUCCAAUUGGUGUUAUCUGUAAUUAUUUAUAUAAUUAUUUCAAAGUAAAACAGUGUGAUUCAAUUUUAUAUUAUACAAAUAAAAUAUUUCAGAGCGCUUUGGAAAAAAAACACCCAUAAAGAAAACAACUGGGAAAAAAGUGCAGUAUAUAUCUUAUUUGACUAGACUGAAUCACGUUUGAUUUUUAAACAUACUUUUAUAAAUAAAAAUAAAACCGCACUGAGUACUCACUUGCCUGUGGUAUCAGCCCUUUAAAAUCUAAUUUCAAAUGGAAUUCAUGUCUGACUUUGUUUAUUACAUAAGUUUUUUACGAAGAAGUGUGAAAAAUGAAACA